GUGGACUAGAAGGAGGAAGCUCAGUAAAAGUUGCAGUGUGAACACAAUGGCAAAGAACAAGACCAAAACAGCAGAGAAAAAUGAGGGGAAAAAGAAGAGGUCACAGAGUACAUCAGAAACCACUCCAGUGAAAAAAGCUAAAUUGAUUCCAAAGGAUCCGGAAGAGCUUGAUGACUCUGAAGAAACUCAGCAGGUGGAAGCUGCAGAAUAUCCAGAAAUUGAAGAACUGACUGCAGAAGAGCGCAGAGUGUUUGAAAGAAAAUUAAAGAAAGAACGUAAGAAAGAGGAAAAGAGGUUGAAAAAAGAGAGUUUGGUGCAGGACACAAAAGAGGAACCUGCAAAACAAUCUGGAUGCGAGCUGGCCCUGCAGUAUUUGAAAAGCUGGUCUAAAAAACACAAGGAAUGGAAGUUUCAAAAGACGAGGCAAACCUGGCUUCUACUGCACAUGUAUGACUCGGAGAAGAUUCCUGAUAAAUAUUUCAGCAUUCUUCUAGACUACUUGGGAGGACUGAAGGGCAGCGCUCGUGACACCACCAUAAAGAAAGCAGAAGCAUUAAUGAAAGAGUAUGACAACAAGGAGACUGAGUUAGAAUCUGAUCUUCAGAAGAUAUCAAGAAUUAGAGAGGUCCUCCAACUCCUGUCCUAGACAUCACAUCAGCGCAACAUCUGAAAAGGGAUCACAGACUUAUUUUUUUAAAACAACUAUUGCCUUUUUAAAAUAAUGUUUGUCCAUUGAAAUAAAGAAUAUAAACACA